UAGUUGGUUGAAGGAGCUCGCGGAGCAGUACCGUUACCGGUUGGCGCAUAAGCAGCCGAGAAUCGGCACCGAGAGAAAGAGACGGAUUGGAAGAUAAAGCGCGAGCGAGGGAGGGGAGCGAGUGAGAAAGGGAGCCGCGGAAUAAGUGAGAAUCGGAGCGCAAGCGCGUGCGUGCGGGCGCAGUAUUAGUGGGCUCUGGAAGAAGUGUUGAGCGAGGGAGAGAACGAAGAUCGAGCCUCCCCGAAGCCGCCGAAGCUCCGUGAACGGCGGCCUCGAGAGAUCUUCGCUGUUGAGGUACCAGAGGAGAUUCGCGAAGCUCGGUACAGAGCAGGUCCGGCGGUGCUGAGUCGCGGAUCUUAGCCCGCGGCGGACUCGUGUCGGCUUUUCCAGUCCGAGUUUGUGUCGCGCGAGAGACGCGGGUUCGGAGCUCGGUGCGGAAAUCGAGUCGAGUUCGCGAGUUUCCAUAGUUUCUGGGGAGCGAGAUCGCGCCGGGAAUCGAGCCCGAAUAAUUGGAGGCCGCGACGAUCUCCGAUUCCAGUUUCGACAGUCGCGGCCCACUUUUCCCGAUCAUGACUCGAAACCCCGGGACAAAAGUCGCGCUCAACUUGCGCCAGGAGUUGGAGCCAGCGCGGGUGAAACCGGCGGUAAGAUCGUGAAUCGACGGACUCGAGUGCGCGAGAAUCCAGCCAGGGCGUCGUCGAUCCCAACCGAUUUGGGCGCACCUGCCCCAGCCGGAUACAGUUCGCAUUCCCUCGUGCGGUGGGCGUCCCGGAAGCAGGAAAUGGCUUUGCCAAACGAGAGCGAUGCCAAAACGGACGAGAAAGUUUUUGUGCUCGGAUGCUGGAGACUGCGAUGAGAUAGAAAUCGAUUAAGGAGGUUUCGGCCGGCAAAGAAGGCAGAAAUUUAAUAAUCGAGAGGAGAAAAAAGGAGGAAAAAAUGGUGUCGUGCUACGAGGAAGGAUUCAGACUCGCUGACGCCGCGUCAGAGUGUUCGAUGCGAAGCAAAGCUCGGAUCGAUACACUUUUCGAAGACACGAGAUCGAUUUGCAGCUCGAUCCCCGGUGGCUGGGGGGCAGCGACGAUCGAUCAUUAUUCCCUCGACACCAAUGAAAUGAGCUCGGAAGAACAAGUUCGGGCGAACGGCGCGGUCCAGGCCCGAAUCGAAGCGAUGUUUGCCUCGGUCGAGGCUGAAACUGGCACACUUGGAAAAUCUGCAGCAGCUGUACUUCCGGUUCGGUACAUGGGUGCAGCGCCGGUGGGCGGUCGCGUCGCGAGUGUCCGAGGUUUGCAAGAGCCACUUCGUCAAUUAUUGGAGCGAGUGGAGGACUCGACGAGCGCAGAGUUGGAAAUUUCGAGGCGGGGUUUGACGUUCCGAGGUUCGGAGAUGAGCGAAAAAACGAAUCCUUUUCGUCGCAUAGCGGUCUGGAGUGCUCUUCGGCUCCGUUCGAAAGCGUCAUCGAAGGACGAGGAAGUGACGCACGCGUUUUUGCCGCUGGUGACAGAAGAGCAGAAGCUACCGAGAGGCGGGACGGAGGAGAAGCACGCGGAUCUUUACAGAGUGAUGAAGGGAGUGAAAUGCGACACGAAGGAUUAUCCGCCGAUAUUUGCGGUAGUGAUGCGUCGUCCGGGGGCGGUGAGACUCCUCGAGUGUCACGCAUUCGCGUGUAAAACGGAAGAAGACGCGGUGGCAGCCGCGGCGACGCUCUAUCGUGCGCUGUUGGCGGAUCUGGACGCGAAUCGUCGACGACCGAGGCAGAGCAACGGUUUGGGCUGCGUCAGUUUGGCCUCGGUAGCCUCCAGUUUCCCGGAGCCCUCGAUCCUCGGCUCCUACACUCAAAACUCGAGGAUAUCGCUGUCCACGUCCCCCGGAACGCCUGCACAUCCGGUCCGUCCACCGAGGUCGAAGAAGACCUCAACAUUUGGAGCCGACAAAGUAUCGCUGCGCUCCGCCAAGCCUGAAAGCAUCAAUAGGUCAAAAGGUAAAAUAAAAAAAGUAUCGGAAAUCAAAGCCGAGGAUAUUCUCGAAGCGAGGAGCCGGAAAUUAUCAGCUUCGAGAAUAGCCGCGCUGAAAGAACUUCGGGACGGAAAAAUCGUUCCGAUCAACGAUAAAAAAACAAAUAACAAAACUCAGAACGAACCCUUCGAGAGGGAGUCUGGGAACGAGGAACUCAAGAAUCUGAAUAACAAACUUCGGCACCGCGACAUCACGAGGGUCAAUGAGCCUCGAGAAAAAUCCCUCAAUUAUGCCUUUAAAAGCGCUUACACCGGAGAAAGGCUUCUCAACAAUUAUGAACAAUUACCUAAAAUCAGUAAAUCCUUCGAUUAUCAAAACAAUCCGGAAGUGAAUUAUUCGUUCGUCGAAAGAAAUGGGAGUAUCACUGACGAGCUGGUACUGGACGAGAAAAACAGUGAUUUUUACGAGUCGAACGAGGUUUCCUACGAGCUGAAUCGGCCCAGGGAGUACAGCGACUCGAGAGCCCGUAGUUCGAAUAAAAAACGAGAAACUUCACAUCCGGUAUCGGCGACUCCGUCGAGAAGUCGAGAAAACUCGAUGUACGAGAGCGUCCGAGCUCUGGACAAACGUAGCACUCGCGAGAAAAUGUACGAAGAGCAUUUUAAGGACGUAGACAAAAUUUACAGUCUCGGGCCCGAGGAGAUCUCGAGACCGGGAUCGAGGAAGAUUAGGAAAAAUUCUGAGAACGAGGAAAACUUUUCGUUUUCGAGAGCCAGUAGAUCCAGCAACGUAGAGGAAAAAAAACCGGUGGGAAAUCCACGAUCCGGAGGAAGAUUGAGCAGAGUAAAUACGAUGGACAUGCCCUUGAGAAAUAAUCAAAGUGGGUUUUCAAGGUCAAGGGAAAACGAGGAUCAGUCAAAUGUACGAAAACGAACGAGAGCGGGAAGUGAACCACCGUUCAGCAGAACCGAGGACGCUGUCAAAAGUCAUCGCCAAGAAUCGAAAUUGAAAAGAUCGCAGAGCGAUCUGGAGAUCGACAGAGGCGACCCGAUGACGAGAGUCGAAUUGCCUAGACGCGGCAGUUUUCUCAAACCCGGAAGUGCCCGGUUACCUAACAACGUUAGCGGCGGAACUCCCCUCGGGUUCACCGAACUGUUCGACGAGUUUCGUAACCAGGAAGGACUAACCAGCGUCGACGACAUUCUCGCUGCGAUUAUCGAUCCCGAAGGAAUGUCGUUCAACGAUCUUAAGCCGCUGUACAAAGAGUUUCUGUUGAAAUUAGCAGCGACCUUGACGCAGGAUGAAUUGUAUGAGAGAUCAGCGAGUAUAAUGAGGCGUCGUCGUCGUCCACAGCGAAGACGAUCGACCAGGAAGCCCUGUCUUCUCGGCCGAGCUAUCAGACGGUCGGUGUCGAGGCUCAAAGGCGGCCCUACAGAGUUCACCUCCGUUAUAUUUCCAGCGAGGAAACUGAACGACAGCUUCGACAGCAGCUCCUCGUGUGAGGCACGGAACAAUCGAAAAAAUUCCGCUCGCGUUUUGGCCAGUCGUCUGUCGAGAAAACGCUCGUCCUGGAGAAACAAAAAAUCCGUUGUUACACAAACUACGUCCGAGGACAGUGACACUUGUCGUCGCUUGGUUCGAAGUGGUGGAGCCGGCGCAAACCGGAGUAGCAGCGGUUACGUGAGCUGUAGCGAGUGUAGCUACGAUUCGGAGUCGUGCACGUGCGUCUCGGCGGACAAGUGUUACUGCUCGUUGUCGCGUCGAGUUCCGACCGAGCCGGAAGCAGCGAACAACACUCUCGUUUGCGCCUGCGACACGGACAGCUGUUCCGACAGUAACAAGUGUUACUGCGCUCGAAAAGCUUCUCAACCGACGAUUUUGGAGCAACUACGGCAACGUGGAAUCGUCCCCUCGGAGAGUUCAUUGAGCAGAGCUGGGAGUCCCGAACGAGGAAAGACGUCAAAGAUCAAUCGGAGUCACGCGUCGUCGAAGAGUUUAGAAUUUCUGAAAGUUCGUCCAUCCCCAGGACGCAGCAGCUCGGAUAAUCUUGCUCUGGACUACGAUCUUUUCAGUCCAGGCAAAAAGUCACAGCAUUCGCCGGCAGGAAGUGAAAAAGUAUUGGUCGUGAGUGCUCGAGACCCUCAAGGUCGUUUAGUUUACGUGGGGGGUACGGAGAGAGACAAAAAGUCAUUUGAGAAAGGAUCAAAUCGAAGCGAAGCUCACCACGAGGCGUUGUCGAUUAAGAAAAGCGCUGAAAUCGCAGCUGUUUUCGGGCCUGGUUCCGUCCGGGGCUGUCGAAGAGCCUCGAGUAUUACGAGUGCUCGAAGCUCGGUCAGUCUAGAAGCUGGAUUGGGUUAUUUACCUUGAACUGGCUUGAAACACAGAUAAAAAUAAAAAGGAAGUAAAGCAAAUAAGUAAAUAAAAAAAACUGCGCGCAUAAAGACUUGAUUUCCACUAGAAAAAUCAUAUAAAUAAUAUAUCGAAAAAUUAAAUAAUAAUAAAAAAUAAGGAAAAAUCAAAUGAUGAUGAAAAUAAAAUAUGAAGAAAUAGUAACUAGAGACGAGAGCAAAUAUCGUGAUAUUUGACCACGAGCCAGUAUUUUUUUUUGAUUCUGGAUUCAUUAGCUUGUGCUCACUUCUGUAUUGUACCUGCGAAUAAAAAGUAGCGAUUACAGUGAAUAAAUAAGAACGAAACACAAUUCUUCAAUAGAAUUUGUCGAUUUUGAACGAGCGUUGUUCGAAUUCAUCGCUAUCAAUUGUUCUUCAACUUGAGUCGGUCAAAUUAAUCCUGAAUCAUUAAUCCAUGCACAAAAUCUUGUUACAAUCGUUUCAUGAAUUCAGCACCGGUUUGGCAAUCUCAAUUUGGAAGUCCCGAAACCCGAAACGAGCCUCAAUGUUCGAUUCCAUUUCGUCGAGAUUGUAUUUAUUUUUCCUAAUCUGCUACAAUGGACCUGAUAACUUUAACGAGUAUCAAUCGAGGGACCGUGCAAUAAUUGCGGAUUCUAAGAAAAAUCUCGCAGAGCUAACAUAUUAAAAGUCCUGGUUAUUUUAAACACUUUUAUAUACAAUAAUCUAUUGUAUUUAGAUAGUAUUACAAGUUUUUUUGAUUUUUUAACGUUAUAAAUAUAUACAAAUUUCGCAUUUUA